AUGGCUAUCGCUGUUGGAGCUUCGGCUCUGAAGUCCGAUGUCGACGCGACUCAGGCGUCAUCGCCCGAGUUAGAGAAGGUUAACUGGUGGCAAGAGCCUGGUCUGCGCAGGCUUUACUGCUGGGCUGCUGUACUCUGUGUCGCUUCCGCUACUACUGGAUACGAUGGAAUGAUGCUUAACACCUCCCAAAAUUUGGAUGCUUGGCAGUUGUACUUCGACAAACCCAGUGGCGCCAAGCUGGGAUUGAUGAACGCGAUCUACCAGAUUGGUAGUCUUGCCAGUUUCCCUUUCGUUCCCUUCUUCGCUGAUCGAUUCGGCCGCAAGGUUCCCAUCAUGAUGGGAUGUCUCUUGAUGAUUUUCGGUGGUUUGCUCGGUGCAUUCUGCACAAACUAUGGAAUGUACGUCGCCGGUCGAUUGCUCCUUGGCUUCGGCAACAGUCUGGCCCAGAUGGCUUCCCCCGUCCUCCUCGCUGAGAUUUGCCACCCCCAACACCGUGGAAAGGUCACCACUAUUUACAACUGCUUGUGGAACUUGGGCGCACUCCUUGUCGCAUGGAUUGCGUGGGGAACGAUGUAUAUUCCCAACGAUUGGUCAUGGCGCAGUCUUACCAUCCUUCAAAUUCUCCCCGCUGCUAUCCAGAUCACCUUCAUCUGGUGGGUCCCUGAGUCUCCCCGUUGGCUCGUCUCCAAGGAGCGUUACGAGGACGCAUUGGACAUUCUCGCCUAUUACCACGGAAAUGGAGAUAAGAACAAUGCCACCGUUCAAUUCGAGUACCGCGAGAUUAAGGAGACUAUCAGCCUGGAGAUGCGAUUCCAGAAGAACAGCAGCUACUUGGACUUCAUGAAGACCAAGGGUAACCGUUACCGUUUGGCACUCUUGAUCUCUCUGGGUGUCAUUUCCCAAUACAGUGGCAAUGCCUUGUUCAGCAACUACACCAAUUUGAUCUACAACAGCAUGGGUAUUACCGAACAAACCAAGAAGAUUCCCCUCAACGGUGGACAAACCCUCCUCAGUCUGGUUGUCAGUGUUUCUAGUGCAUUCUUCGUUGACCGAGUUGGUCGCCGACCUCUUUUCCUCAUCUCUACUAUUGGCAUGGUCCUCAUGUUCCUCUCAUGGACUGUCGUUUCCUCCGUCUACGAGAGAACCCAGGAUGUCAAAACCGCCGGCUACCCACAGGUCGUCUUCGUCUGGCUCUUUUCCGUGUUCUACGCCAUCGCCUGGUCCGGUCUGCUCGUCGCCUACUCGCUCGAGAUUCUCCCCUACCGUCUGCGCGCCAAGGGUGUCAUGAUCAUGAACUUGACUGUACAAGCAUCUCUGGUUCUCGGAAAUUACACCAACCCAAUUGCCUGGGAGAAACUUCCUCACCACUGGAACUUGUCGCUGAUCUACACUAUUUGGAUCUUCGUCGAGCUCUGCUUUGUCUACUUCUUCUACGUUGAGACUCGGGGUCCCACUCUUGAGGAGCUGGCCAAGAUCUUCGAUGGUGAUGAUGCCGAUGUGGCCAAUAUUGAUCUCCAGCAGGUCGAGAAGGAGAUCGAAAUCACCGAGAAGGAGAAUCCUGAGUUUAGGGAGCGUGCUUGA